AUGGCUUUCGCAUCUUUGCGACUUGGUAUUCGCAAAAUGGUGCAGACAGCACCUUAUAUGACUUUAAUGAAUCGCCCUAUGUCGUAUAAAAGUGCUAUAGCACUAGAAACGUUGUAUCCUAACAGUUCUUUAAAACUUUCAACACCUGCUCUUGCUUUAGAAACAAACGAAAAGUUCAAUGGAUAUAUACCAGUAAACAAAUUGGAAAUAACGUACAGUGCUAGUUCAGGUCCUGGUGGACAAAACGUUAAUAAAGUGCACACCAAAGUGGAUCUGAGAUUCAAACCAAGUGAGGCGGACUGGUUACAACCUGAAGUUAAAGCCAAGUUGAUAGAAAUUCAUAGGAACAGACUUUCAAAAGAUGGAUAUCUUAUCAUCAGAUCGGACACCACACGUUCACAGACCAUGAACCUGGCUGACUGUAUGCAGAAACUACGAAACAUGAUCAGAGAUGCUUGUGUCACUAAGAGAGAACCUGCUCCGGAAACUGUUGAACGAAUUAGACAAAGGCACCUGAAGGCAGCUCGCAUGCGCUUGGCUGUGAAGCGCGCAGAGUCUCUUAAGCGCGAGAUGGCUCGGCCGCCCAGAGACAUAGACUUAUGA